AUGGAUCAAAAUAAGGCCAACUUAUUUAACUGUGCUAAAUCUAUUGAAGAUUACAUAUCCAAACUUAAGCCCACCCAAAGAUGAGGACUCGAUCAGCACUCGAUUGAUCAGUUAUUAAACCCUAAAGAGCUAGAAAAUAAGAGAUCAGUGCUCUUGAAAAGAGCAAUUGGCCCUACAAUAGAGCGAGAUUUCAGGACGACUUAUUUAUUUUACAAGAAUCAGAGUUCACGUUUUGACGAAGCGCUCAGCAAAGCUUAUAAUGAGUAUAUUACCACUUAUCAUCAUUUCUCAUCUCUUUAUUUUAUUUCAGAGGCAAAUAGUAAAAAUCAUUUAUAUGUUUAUAACACUGAAAGUGAAACAAAAGAAAAUAAAAUUUUAGAAAUUUCUGAAUCUUUAGAUUGCUUUUACGCAGCAAUUACUCAACUUCCAAAUGGUGAAUUAUUUGUUGUAGGUAAAAAUGGGUUUUCUGAAAGUACAUUUAUAAUUGACAGAAACUAUGAAUUUCGAAAAUUGCAAUAUGAAUCGUAUUAUUUUGGUUCAUCAGCUAUCUAUUUAAAUAGAAAUGUUUACUGCUUCGGAGAAAAAUGAAAUGAUAGUCAAUUAGCUCGAUCUCGUAGAUAUGAUUUUGAUAGAAAUUGUUGAUUUGACAUUGCUCCAAUGCCACAGGCUUACUAUAUGAGCCAUAGCGUGAUAUUUAAGGGGGAUAUUUUGAUUUCUGGAUUAGAGAAUAAGCAUCUAUUAUUAUACUCAAUCGAUAUUGACUCUUAUUCCACAAUCCCUUAUGAAUUUUCAAUAUGCAAAAGAAAAAUCUUGAUAAAUGUAGAAGAAAGGCUGUAUUUGUUUGAGUGUCGAAAUGGAUUUAUUUAUGAAAGCGAUGUUGGAAACGAAUAUGCUUGAAAAAAAAUUAAGGAAAAUAUAAUUAGUGAUAAUCCUUUUCAUGUGAAUUGCUCAUAUAAUAAAGGCGGCAUCUAUAUUGGGACUUUGCAAAAUGAUGAAGAGCCACACUACUACAGAUUUUCUUUGGGGUUAAAGCUGAUGACUAAACUAUAA